UUUGAUUACUCUCUGAACUUUUUGCUUUAUUUAAUUCCAUCAACAUACCAAAACACUAUUUUUUGAAAAAAAAAUACUAACAAAGUACAAACACACUAGAAGAGUGACAGUCUCUCUGUUCUUCUUCACCAUUUUUUUCAACGGACAAUUUGCUGAGUAGAUCAUAUGUCUGCCGUUGACGGUGCCCCGACACACCCACCGCCAGCGGAGCAAGGUGGAGGCAAGCUGCCGGAAAUUGACGGCAUGUACCGGCUCAAAUACCAUCGAAACAUGGAGUGGCCGAAGAAGCUAUUGACCGAAAACACCCCAAUUAGCACCCACAAAAGGCUGAAAUUGAGGGAAUUCUGCAGAACCGAGGGUCAAUCCAUAGAUCAAGGUGAUUCCAUGAAGUCGUCUGACAUGCUAUCGAUCAAUCAUGGUAAGAGCUGCUCACGCGGUAGUGGUAAAUCCCACCAAAAAAUGAGAGCUCAAUUAGACGUGUCUCUCCAAACAAGUGGAAGGUCAUCUAGACCUAUCACACGGGCAUUGUCACAAAAGCAGCAGCAGCUGAACUGCCAGGAUCGCGCUAAAAUCAUCAAGUUGGAUGUCAACACUUUCAUGGGAGGUUCUUGCAUAAAGACGGUAUCUGAAGUUGAAACAUCGAGAAGGUGUUCACCUACUGAAAUCAUUGAAAUUGACUCUUCAGAUGAAAAUUCUGGCUGUCUUUCGAACCGUGAUACUCUAAUGAAUGACUUCAUCAGUAGAACCUCAGUAAAAGAUGAAAUGCCUGGUACUCGUGUAAAUGGUCAUGGGCUUGGAUCUCCAGAAAUCGUUUUAAAUGAAGUGCAACCAAUGGAAACACAACUUGAUAAUGAAGAAGGUCAAGACGAGUCCAUUGCUUCAGAAGGUGAAAAUGAAUGUCCAACCCUUGAACAGCCGACUCUUUCCCCUGAAAAUAACCAUGGAUUUGGUUCUUCAAACAAAAAUGAAAAUGACAAUGACCGUCUAAAAGAAACGAGCUGCACAACUGGUAUGCUGAGGGGCUGGUCUAAUAUCAUGCAAGCUAUAGUGAACAAGCACGGGGAUAUCGCUAAAUCAUGUACAUUUCAAUCAGAACUAAUCAAGACACGUCUUUUAGAGAGUAUCUGUAACGUUGUACAGAAGCUCCGUGAUACUCCUGUUGCUGAUAUGAAAUCUGAUGAACUGAAGGAACUCUUCUCCAUUCUCAAGGAUGUAGAGGGUCUCAACUUUGAUGUCAAGUGGUUGCAUCAGAGACUCCAUGAAAUUCAGAAAGCCAUGGCAUCAAGAGAUGAGCUCAUGAAACUCGAGGAACAACUUAUGGAGAAUAAAGUAAAGGCAGAAGAGCUUUCUAAAGCUUUAGAGUUGAAAACAAUUGAGCAGGUUAAACUCGAAUUUGAGAUUGCAAAGUUGGAUGAGCAAAUUACAGUGAAAAACCUAAGGGAUGAAGAGUUGAAUGCCAAAAUCAACGACAUCAAAAAUAUAUGUCCUAGUUUCGUUUAUGCGGCGGAUGGAUUGCUAUAAGCCUAUAAGUAGUAUGGUUUCCACCUGAAAGUGGUAGUCACCGGAAAAUGGCUGCAUUGUGCUUGAUUUGUGUAUUGAGAUGUGCUGCCUAGUUUGUACUAGGUGUAUUUUUGUAUUUAUGUCCACGGAUAAUAGGUAAGAUUACGUGUACUAUUUGGGAUGUUCAGGAAAAGGUGUCACAUUUCCUUAAAAAAAAUAGAUGAUCCUUACAUUUUAAACA